AUGUCUUCCUUUGAGACCCAGAGCCAGUCUCCUCCUCGAUGUGGUCCACAGUUCCCCAACCUCGGUCAGGAGCCCCCUGAACUCAGCAUGUAUGGUGACUGCUACUACCCUCCUCCCUCACUGCCGAGUCCGCAGCGAACCACCCCAUCCUCCUAUGACCUCAGCGACUAUGCCUCGUCUUCCCCGAACCCAUAUCUGUGGUUCAACAGCUCCGGGAUCAACACACCAUCCUACCUGUCUACAACCGUGCCGCCUGGUAAUCCAGGCCCUCCCUUUGUUCCUCAACACUAUGGCAUGCAGAGGCCUUACCUAGGUCCACCUGGGGCUGGAGGACCAGGAGGGGAACUAAAUUGGUUUUCUCUCCCCUCACAAGAAGAUCUGAUGAAGCUGGUCAGGCCCCCUUACUCCUAUUCUGCUCUCAUCGCCAUGGCUAUCCACGGGGCACCAGACAAGAGACUGACGCUGAGUCAGAUUUACCAGUAUGUGGCUGACAACUUCCCUUUCUAUAACAAGAGCAAAGCAGGCUGGCAGAAUUCCAUAAGACACAACCUCUCCCUUAACGACUGCUUCAAAAAAGUACCAAGAGAUGAGGACGAUCCAGGUAAAGGUAACUACUGGACUCUUGACCCAAACUGUGAAAAGAUGUUUGACAAUGGGAACUUCCGCCGCAAAAGGAAGAGAAAGUCUGACUCCCUAUCCGCUGGUGAUGGCAGUUCAGGGGCUCCAGAGUCGGGGGACAGUGAGAGGGGCAGCCCCAAGCACCCUGCCCUUAACAUGUCCCCGGCACCUGACAGGGUUCCCUCCCCUUCCAUCACAGGCUCCACACCGUGUCUGAACAGCUUCUUCGCUGAGAUGUCUACAGUUACUCCUGGAUCGACAAAUGAGGUGGGGGUCGAUGGGUUGAGCAGGCCGUCGCAGAUUAACCUCGCUCUGGAUGGGCCUCAUAGAACCCCACAGCCAGGAAGCUUUAGCAGCUACUCUCCCGGCUCAGCUGGCCCAGAGUGGGUACCACAAGUACAAGCCCCACCUGUGCACACCUCCUCACCCACUCAUUCUUCUCUGGGCUACUCAAACCCGAUCCUGAGCCAGUACAGUGGGUCAGCUGGGCAUUUCUAUCCCACGCUGAGCUCCACAGGAAUCAUCUAUCAUCGUGAAGGAACAGAGGUUUGA